AUGGAUUCAGAUGAUGACUUCAUGACUGAUAUUUCCAGUCGAGAGGAGGAUUUCCUGGAUACGCAGGAUAGUGAAGAUGAGAGUUUAGGCGAAGAUUUUGGCGACGACUUCGGUGACAGUUUCUCGUACGACAAAGACCUUGUACAGAAAACCAAGAAACCCUACGAAGUGGACUUCAAAGUCCUUAGCCCCGCCGACAUUGAACGUGAUCAAAACUCUCGGAUUGCCGAAGUCUCGUCGAUUCUCGGCUUACCUCCGGAAUCAGCUGGUAUUCUCCUACGAUUCGCACGAUGGAACAGGGAAAAGUUGAUCGAGUCCUAUAUGGACAGGCCAGAAGAGAUCCUGGAAGAGGCAGGGUUGGGCCACAGCUUUGAAGCAAACCCUAAGACGGAAGUUGUGCCUGGUUUCAUGUGCGAGAUUUGCUGCGAGGAUGGUGACGAUUUACAAACUUAUGCUAUGCGAUGUGGCCAUCGGUUUUGCGUGGAUUGUUUUAGACAUUAUCUUUCACAAAAGAUCAAGGAGGAGGGUGAGGCGGCCAGGAUUCAGUGUCCACAGGAUCAUUGUCACCGGAUUGUUGAUUCCAAGUCGCUCAACUUACUCGUGACAGAUGACCUCAAGGAUAGAUACAAAACGCUACUCACUCGGACAUAUGUCGACGAUAAAGACAACCUUAAAUGGUGUCCCGCUCCGAAUUGCGAAUUUGCCAUAGAUUGCGGCGUCAAGGCUAGAGAUUUGAACAAGAUUGUACCCACGGUGCACUGCGCAUGUAAACAUAGUUUCUGUUUUGGAUGUGGUCUGAACGAUCAUCAACCGCCACCCUGUUCGUUGGUCAAGAUGUGGUUGAAGAAGUGCGAGGACGAUUCCGAGACGGCAAACUGGAUUUCAGCAAACACAAAGGAAUGUCCCAAAUGCUUGUCGACUAUUGAGAAGAACGGCGGAUGCAAUCACAUGACGUGCCGCAAAUGUAAACAUGAGUUCUGCUGGAUGUGCAUGGGACUUUGGUCCGAACACGGAACUAGUUGGUACAACUGCAAUCGAUACACAGAGAAGUCUGGCUCCGAUGCUCGGGAUGCUCAAGCACGGUCUCGCGCAUCACUUGAACGAUACCUACAUUAUUACAAUCGAUAUGCCAAUCACGAGCAGUCAGCCAAGCUGGACAAGGACUUGUAUCUCAAGACCGAGAAGAAGAUGACCAGUCUUCAGUCUCAGUCCGGCAUGUCCUGGAUCGAAGUUCAAUUCUUGGAUACAGCUUCUCAAGCAUUGCAGCAAUGCCGUCAGACGCUCAAAUGGACCUAUGCGUUUGCCUACUACUUGGCGCGAAACAACCUCACUGAGAUCUUCGAGGAUAACCAGAAGGAUCUGGAGAUGGCAGUAGAGAGUUUGAGUGAGAUGUUUGAGAAGCCGAUCGCCGAAUUGGCGGAGCUGAAAGUAGACAUUCUUGAUAAAACGGCUUAUUGCAAUAAGCGUCGAGUCAUUUUGUUGAGCGACACAGCGGAGAAUUUGAAACAACAUGAAUGGAAAUUCAACGUUGAAUUAUGA